CCUGAAACCCCUGAGCUGAAAGGGCCAGAAAGGAGUCAGCAUGGGCUCAGAGCUGCCUCCGUCUUGGCUGCUACUCUUCACCUGGCUCCCAGCAGGGUGCCUGUCCUUGCUGGUGACGGUCCAACACACAGAGCGUUAUGUCACUCUGUUUGCCUCUGUUGUCCUCAAAUGUGACUAUACGACCUCUGCCCAGCUCCAGGAUGUGGUGGUGACAUGGCGCUUCAAGUCCUUCUGCAAGGACCCCAUCUUUGACUACUUCUCUGCCUCAUACCAAGCAGCUUUAUCCCUGGGCCAGGACCCCUCCAAUGACUGCAAUGAUAAUCAGAGGGAAGUUCGCAUCGUGGCCCAGAGACGGGGACAGAAUGAACCAGUGCUGGGGGUGGAUUAUCGGCAGCGCAAGAUUACCAUCCAAAACCGAGCUGAUCUUGUGAUUAACGAAGUGAUGUGGUGGGAUCAUGGAGUGUAUUAUUGCACCAUUGAGGCCCCAGGGGACACAUCAGGAGACCCUGAUAAGGAGGUGAAGCUCAUCGUCCUUCACUGGCUGACAGUGAUCUUCAUCAUUCUGGGAGCACUGGUCCUCUUCCUGCUGAUUGGAGUGUGCUGGUGCCAGUGCUGUCCUCAGUAUUGCUGCUGCUACAUCCGUUGUCCCUGCUGUCCUGCCCGUUGCUGCUGUCCUGAGGAAGCCCUGGCCCGCCACCGCUACAUGAAGCAGGCUCAGGUCCUAGGUCCUCAGAUGUUGGAAAAACCCUUGUACUGGGGGACGGACAGGAGCUCCCAGGUUUCAUCUUAUGCAAUGAACCCGCUGCUGCAGCGAGAUUUGUCCUUACGGUCCAGCCUCCCACAGAUGCCAAUGACCCAGACCACCACUCACCCUCCUAUCACCAAUGGUGUCCUGGAAUAUUUGGAAAAAGAGCUGCGGAACCUCAACCCAGCCCAACCUCUGCCCACUAACCUCAAAGCCAGAUCUGGCCAUCCCUGCAGCAUGCUGUCCUCCCUGGGUUCCGAGGUUGUGGAACGCAGGAUCAUCCACCUGCCCCCACUGAUCAGAGACCCAUCCUCCUUGGGGAGGACCAGCGACUCCUCACACCAGCUGUGGCACACCCCAAUUUCCUCCAGACCCUGGGAUCUGAGGGAGGGGAGAAGGCAGCACCAUUACUCUGAUUUCCACCAGGAGCUCCAGGACUGGGGGCCAAAACCCUGGGCACUGGGGAGAAGAGAGCUGGACCACCCAGGGAGUGGAAGGCGCCACCAUUCCAGGCGGAAUGGGUCACCCACGCCGCCCUGGUCAGACAGGGGCAGCCUGAGCGAUGGCUUCUCGUCCAGUGAAGCCCGCUGGCAGCCCAGCCACCCGCCUCCCAGGAGCCACUGGGAGAGGCCAAGCAGGCGCAGGCCCCGGGAGAGUGUCCCUAGACGCGGGAGACGCAGGGCCAGCAGCUGCUCCCCGCCACCGCCCUCUGGAUUCAGCUCUUGGAGCUCGGAGGAGGAGAAGGAGAGGCCGCCCCGCAGCUGGGGAACCCGCCGCCACCGCUCGCAGUCCCCGAAUUGGCCAGAGGAGAAGCCGCCCAGCUACCGCUCGCUGGAUGUCACUCCAGGCAAGAAUGGCAGGAAAAAAGGGAGUGUGGAGAGGCGCUCGGAGAAAGACAGCUCCCAUAGUGGAAGGAGUGUGAUCAUUUAGUCCCCAGGCACGGCACCACUUCCGUGGCUCCAUCUCUGCUCCUGUGUGUCAUCAGUAUCACCUAGGUUCCCAGCUGACUUGGGGGCAGGGGACACUGCAAGUCUGCCACCAACAGCUUUGGCUUAGAUUCUGAAAAUCAAAUAGAGGAAUUUUAAAAACAAGAGUUUGAGGAAUCGAUAACUAGUUUUAACCUUGGUCUAUGCUCUCUGCAUAAUUUGUACCAUCUUUGAUCAGUAGUAGACCCUAGCUGGGAUGUAAACCCUCGGGAACAUAGUAGCCUGAGUCUUCAAGUAGGUUACAGUGCUAAGGACCGGGGCCAUUCUCAAACUGAGAUCUCAGGAAUCUUUAAGAAGAGAUUAAAAGUGCUUUAGGAACAAGAAAUCCAGAGUAUUGGGGGGAAAUUCCCAUGGGAACUUGUCUCCCUCUAUUGUAGAUCUUGGGGGGACCUUCCAUGUUUAGAGUCUGGCCUCCUGCUCCCAUCUCCACUCCUGAGGACUCCUGAAUUUUCACUCCAAAAUAGUCCAGAGAUUCUAUGGCUGUGAGUCCUUUCUCAGGCUGUUUAUUGUACAUGUAGAAAAAUCACAAGAAGCAGUUUUGCACAAACCUUAUUCCUGUCUCCUUUUCUUGCUCAUUCCCCCUCUACAUCUAAUUUAUAUUUUCUUAUAUAUUAUGUAUCCAUUAAAAUCACUUUAAAUGUUUCUUUGU